CGAUUGACGAGGAGGCAUUUAAAUUAUUUGGUGAUUUUUUUGGCUUUUAAAUAUUCUUAAGAAUAUAUACUUUCUCUGCGAAGAAAAAACCUAAAAAAAAUUGGCUGGAGUCGUACAACUUGUUUCAGAGUCGCAUACUCGCAUCCAUGGAAAUACGAAGAAUAUAUUCGAAUGGAUUUUCAAUUUUCGGAGAAAGAGAUUGGAUUCUAAACUCAAGAUUCUUUCCCUGAAACUCGAAAGGCUUUAACCGUUUCAACAUGGUUGAACGGGGUUGGAGCUUUACCUAUUUCGGAUGAUGCUACUAAUUCACAAUCUCACUCUCAGAUAUUCGUUCUGUUUUGCUGUUUCUCCAACAAAAUCUUCAUAAUAUGAAGCUUCCAUCUUGCUUAAUUCAAGAAUAGAAUUUUGACAUUGGACAAAAUGACAACAAAGAAAGGAAAGCACUCCCAGAAAAUCAGAACUAUGGAACAGGAUGGGAAGACCAUUAAACUUCAAAUUAUAAUGGGACACUGCUGGCCAAGAACGUUUCAGGACAAUCACCAACAGUUACUACCAUGGGGCUCAUGGCAUUAUUACCAAGAGAGCUUCAAUAAUGUCAAGCAAUGGUUGAUUACUUCGAAUAUGUUUUCAAGUGAAAGAAUGAGGAAGAAAAAACUUAAAGUUUUGUUCUCAUUGAGGUUGCUCUUCUACACAAUAGGCAUUCUGAUAUCCCUUUGGAGGUGGUGGUAAAAGAGCCAGUUAAGGAUGAUGAUAGAGUUGUUCUGCUGGAGGAAGGAAAGCUCCAGGCAGCCUCUCCUAGAGCUCGGAUAUUGUCUUCGUCAUCUUCUAUUGUGAGGUGUGUUGAGGGAAUUUGUUUUUGAAAAUCUUGAGUGUGUGAACUGGUUAUCAUACUCUGUUAUUUUAUGUUGUUUGUAAAAAUUUGCAUCAAACAUCACAUUACUUUGGUUUUUCUUUGCUUGUUUUUCACUCCCUCUUAUUCAUACGUAAAGUUGAUUUCCAUCUUACUACAGUAAAAA